AUGAGUCUCUUAACAAGAUUGUCCUGUAGAAGGCAGUUCUCGACAACUAAUGCAAUUGCUAAGAAAUUGAAUAAAUAUUCCUAUCAGAUCACCGAGCCAAAAGGUCAAGGUGCAUCACAAGCCAUGUUGUAUGCAACAGGUUUUAAAAAAGAUGAUUUUAAAAAGGCUCAAGUUGGUGUUGGUUCUUGUUGGUGGUCUGGUAAUCCAUGUAACAUGCAUUUGCUAGAUUUGAACCAUAGAUGUUCCAGCUCAGUUGAAAAAGCAGGUUUGAAAGCUAUGCAAUUUAACACCAUUGGUGUCUCUGAUGGUAUUUCUAUGGGUACUGCAGGUAUGAGAUAUUCUUUACAAAGUAGGGAAAUUAUUGCUGAUUCAUUUGAAACUAUUAUGAUGGCCCAACAUUAUGACGCAAACAUCGCUAUUCCUUCCUGUGACAAAAAUAUGCCAGGUGUUAUGAUUGCUAUGGGUAGACAUAAUCGACCAUCGAUUAUGGUUUAUGGUGGUACUAUCUUACCAGGGCAUCCAACUUGCGGCUCUAAAAACAUCCCAGAAAAUAUUGAUGUUGUUUCUGCUUUCCAAUCUUAUGGGCAAUACAUCUCCAAAAAUUUCACUGAACAAGAGAGAAAAGAUGUCGUUGAGCAUUCAUGUCCUGGUCCGGGUUCUUGUGGUGGUAUGUACACAGCUAAUACUAUGGCAUCUGCCGCUGAAGUUCUUGGUAUAACUUUGCCAAAUUCCUCUUCCUUCCCAGCCGUUUCCAACGAGAAACUAGCAGAAUGUGACAACAUUGGUGAGGCUAUCAAAAAGACGAUGGAGUUGAACAUUUUACCUAGAGAUAUUUUUACAAAGGAAUCUUUUGAAAAUGCUAUUACCUAUGUGGUUGCAACGGGUGGUUCGACAAAUGCCGUUCUUCAUUUAGUUGCCAUUGCCCAUUCAGCAGGUGUCAAAAUCACACCUGAUGACUUCCAAAGAAUUAGUGAUAAGACACCAUUAUUAGGUGAUUUCAAACCAUCAGGAAAAUAUGUUAUGGCUGAUCUGAUCAAGGUAGGUGGUACUCAAUCUGUCAUCAAAUUCCUUUAUGAUAAUGGAUUCUUGAAUGGUAAUACACUAACAAUCACUGGUGAAACUUUGGCCGAACGUGCUGCUAAGGCAGACUCUUUACCAACAGAACAAGAUAUCAUUAGACCACUAAGUAAUCCAAUCAAGGAGACAGGUCAUUUACAAAUUCUCUACGGCUCUUUAGCACCAGGUGGUGCGGUUGGAAAGAUUACUGGUAAAGAAGGUACAUAUUUCAAAGGUAAGGCUAGAGUAUUUGAUGAGGAAGAUGGUUUCAUCAAAGCACUUGAAAACGGUGAAAUUAAAAAGGGCGAAAAGACUGUAGUCAUUAUUAGAUAUGAGGGUCCAAAAGGUGGUCCAGGUAUGCCAGAAAUGUUAAAACCUUCUUCUGCUUUGAUGGGUUAUGGUUUAGGAAAGGAUGUCGCUUUACUUACUGACGGUAGAUUCUCUGGUGGCUCUCAUGGUUUCUUAAUUGGCCAUGUCGUCCCAGAAGCCGCUGAAGGUGGUCCAGUGGCCUUAGUCAAAGAUGGCGAUGAAAUUAUUAUUGAUUCUGAUAACAAUAAGAUCGAUUUAUUAGUCUCUGAAGAAGAGUUAUCUCAACGUAGAUCUCAAUGGACAGCUCCACCCCCUCGUUACACUAGAGGUACUUUAUCUAAGUACGCUAAAUUGGUAUCCAAUGCAUCCCAAGGCUGUGUUCUAGAUGCUUAA